AUGGAUUUCAUCAAGACCAGUUCCCUGCGUGCUCUGAUUGAACGGCUCUAUCGAGAAUCAGCGUCCAAACCGCACAGACCGGCUGGCCGAGGAACAAAUAUUCCACGCUCGGCCAAAGUCACAUCCGUCCGUCUAAAGUCUCGGCCAAAGUUCGAAACCGACCGGCCGAUCACGCAAUACGACCCGGGGAACAUUGCCCCACGGUCGGCCAAGCUACAGCCGUUUCACGCCACGCCGUGCACGACCACGCCGCGUGAGCCGGUGAACAAAGCCUCGCGGCCGCGCAACCCAACUCGCGUACCACGGCCGAUGCAUCCGUCCGACCCGGGCAAUAACGUCCUGAUGCGGCAUCUAUGGGAUGAGUACAAGUAA